CCUGUGACGCUGGCUUUUACUGCACUGGGGGGUCCACGCUUCCCAACCCAACAGACGGGGCAGUGGGAAAUAUUUGUCCUCCAGGCUAUGUGUGUCCCCAAGGAAGUUCUUCUCCAUCUCCAUGUCCCCCAGGCUCUUUUUUGGCCCAUCAUGGUGGCCAAUCAGCACAAGAUUGCCAGCCCUGUUUAGCAGGAUGGUUCUGUUCCCACCGAGGUCAAAGUACACCAGAGGGGCUGUGUAAGGAAGGCUGGUUUUGCCCAGAGGGGUCUGUAUCAGGCCUUAAUCCAGAUUAUAUAUGUCCUGUUGGCCACUAUUGCCCCACAGGCAGCCCAGAGCCCAAAACCUGUCCCUCUGGGAAAUACCAGGACCAAACUGGUCAAAGCCGGUGCAAGACAUGCCCAGCAGGAAAGUUCUGUGGCCCAGAAGUCCAAAUCCAAGAUCACAAGGAGACCUUUUCACAUGGAGCGAUCAAGCCAGCAGAUUGUCCGGCUGGGUACUACUGCCUCUCAGGAACUAAAGCUGCCAAGCAGUACCCAUGCCCUGAGGGCACCUUCAGUAACCAGACUGGGCUGAGCAGUUCCAAGGACUGCAGGGCUUGCCCUGGGGGGAAAUUCUGUGCACAUGCAGGCCUCUUGACCCCGAGUGGUCCUUGUUUGCCCAGGUAUUACUGCAUUUCGAAAGCACGUGUACCUAAUCCUGUUAACGAUGAAACUGGAGACUUGUGCCCAGCAGGACACUUCUGCCCACUGGGUAGCAGCAGCCCAGUGCCUUGUCCCACUGGCACCUUUCUACCCCAGUCUGGGAUGGCAUCCCACAAUGCUUGUCUGCCCUGCCCUGGGGGGAAGUUCUGCCAAGGAGAAGGGUUGGCCAACGUUUCAGGAACCUGUUAUGCUGGGUAUUACUGUGAUAUGGAAUCCACACGGCCAGACCAGAAACACUGUCCGCCUGGAUCCUACUGCCCCAAGGGCACUGAGUCCCCAAUCCCAUGUGAUGCUGGAAGCCUCAACCCACACGGUGGGAAAUGGCACUCAACAGACUGUCAGCCCUGCCCAGCUGGAUAUUUCUGCAGUGGGCUAGGAAAAACUGCUGCAGAGGGACUGUGCUCUGCUGGUUACUACUGCCCACCAGGCCAGACCUCAGCCACUCCUCUCUCCUAUCGCUGCCCCCGUGGCUUCUCCUGCCCUGCAGGAUCUGCCAUUCCCAUGGCCUGUGAGAAGGGGACCCACCAGACACAGGAAGGGAAAGAAUCAUGUGACAUCUGCCCAGCAGGAUUCUUCUGUGAACCAUCCAGCAAAAGUUCUGGGAUACAGACACCCAGGCUGUGUCCUAAAGGGUACUUCUGUCCACUCGGCACCAGCUUUGGUACAGAACAUCCGUGUCCCAGGGGUACAUUUGGACCCAAGACUGGUGCCACUGGUGAAUCUGACUGUGAGCCCUGCCCACCAAGCAUGUAUUGCUCAUCUACAGCACUGUCCCAGCCAUCGGGGCUCUGCCACUCGGGCUAUUACUGCACCUGGGGAGCCAUCCACCCAGCCCCCAUCAGACACAAGGUGGAAUCUGCUGGCCUACCUCUGCCUGGAAAUGACAUCUGCCCUCCUGGGCAUUUCUGCCCCAGUGGCACAAGCCAUCCUAUGCCCUGCCCUCCUGGAACCUACUCCACCUCCCUGGGCCUGGGAGCAGAGAAGCAGUGCCAGCCCUGCCCAGCGGGACAGUACUGCGGUCAGGCGGGAUUGUCUGAUCUGUCCCAGACAGCGCCGUGUAAUGCAGGGUAUGUUUGCCAUGAAGGAAACUCUGCUCCCUGCCCUUCCGAUCGGAUUCAUGGUUACAAAUGCCCCAGUGGCUUCUACUGUCCCACUGGCACCAGACUGGAGAUACCCUGUGAGCCAGGCACUUUCAGCCCUAUGCCUGGAGCAAGCACCUGCCUCCCUUGCCCAGCUGGUAUGGCCUGCAGACAUGCUGCCACUGUGGAGCCAGUCAGCUGCCCCAGAGGUUACUAUUGUCCAGCUCAGGCUGCAAUGCCCCUGCCAUGCCCUGAAGGUACCAUGAACAAUCUGAAUGGGGCACUGUCCCCCGCUGCAUGCAAAUUGUGUCCAGUGGGGAGGUACUGCAGAGGGGAUGCUAACUGGGAACCAGAUGGUCUGUGUUCAGCUGGAUAUUACUGCUCAGGAGGAGCUGCCGAUGCCAUCCCACACAGGACACCCAGGCUCCCACUCAAUGGGCCCUGUCCACCUGGACACUACUGUCCGGAGGGCACUCAGUUCCCAGUCGCCUGCCCAGUGGGCACCCUGAAUAAUGCCACAGGUGGUUCCUCCCAGGACAGCUGUGUGCCAUGCUAUCCUGGAUUCUUCUGUGCUAGCAUCGGUCUGAGCUCACCUACAGGACCCUGUGCUGCGGGUUUCUACUGCCCAGCGAACUUCAGCUCCUUCAGCCCCACCGCAUUCCUCUGCCCCAAGGGUCACUUCUGUUCCUCUGGGUCUGCCCACCCAGCCCCAUGCCCCACUGGGGAAUACCAGCCAAACAGGGGUUCUGAGUCCUGCAUUCCUUGCCAACCAGGCUUCUACUGCCAAGAGGCAGUUGCAGGAGACCCCCAACCCUGCCCUCCACACACCUACUGUCCUGAAGGUACACUGGUUCCUGCUCCGUGUCCUGAUGGCACAUUCACCCCUCCAGACAUGACUGGCCUCAGGGAGGAGAGAGAAUGUCUGCCCUGUUCACCCGGUCACUACUGCAGGGGCGGGCGGCUGGAGGGGAAGUGUGCUGCUGGGUACUUCUGCCAGGCUGGGAGUUCUGAGUCUACUCCCCAGGGCCAUGACUUUUCCUGGAGCUCCCUGACUGAAUGCCGCUGGGGGCAGGUGCGUGCGGGUCUCUGCCCAGCAGGUUUCUACUGCAAGGAAGGCUCCGAGGUGCCCACACCAUGCCCCCCCAACACCAUUGGAGCUGUCCCAGGGGCGAGGCGGAGAGAGGACUGCCUGCCCUGUCCACCUGGCCACUGGUGUAAAGCAGGGGAUCCAGUGACCUACCCAUGCCCCCCUGGACACUACUGUGGCGGCGUGAAUCUCACCAACCCCAUCACUCUCUUGGCACCUCAGCAAUGCCCCGAGCACACUUACCGCCCAGCCCCAGGGGCACAGAGCCUGGCAGAUUGCCAGCCUUGCCCCCCAGGUUAUCUCUGCCAAACACCAGGCCUUACCAGUUUUGAGGACUACCCCUGCCCCCCCGGGUAUUGGUGCCCAGGUAAAGGGGACAGGUUUUUAUGCCCACCUGGUACCUUCAGGACCGAGCCUGGUGCAGCAUCUUUGGAAGAGUGUGACCCCUGCUCUCCUGGCUGCUAUUGCCCGGACCCAGGAGAGACGGGGCUGCCCAAUGUCCAAGGAGCUCUUUGCCAACCCGGCUACGAGUGCCCACCAGGUUCAGUGAAUCCAACCAUAUGCAGGGGUGGCUCCUAUUGUGGGCUCCACACAGGGGUCCCUUCCAUGUGUCCAGGUGGAUAUUAUUGUCCGGAAGGAUCAUCCAAGUACAACACCCCCGAGCAGCUGUGUGUGUUCCCCUAUUACUGCCCCCCAGGCAGUGCCCAUCCACUGCUCUGCAAGGGAGGAUACACAGCCCUGAAUGUGACCGGCCCAAGGGACUCCUUUGAGAAAUGCUGCAGGAUUUGCGAUCCGGGCACCUACCGUAGUGACUCCCUCAUCAGCCCAUCCUGCCAGCCCUGCCCAUCAGGCUUCAGUUGCCCACAAGGCAGUGCAAGUUAUCUCCAGCAGCCCUGCCCCAGGGGGUAUUACUGCCCUCUCCGGGCACCUGCACCCAUGCCCUGCCCCCCGGGGACCCACGGGAACAGCAGCUUGGCAAAGCAGCCCGAGGAAUGCCAUGCGUGCCCUGCCGGCUCCUUCAACCACCUCUAUGCUCAGACAGGGUGUUUCCCCUGCGGGAGCUCUUCCUCCUCACAGCCAGGGGCUAGCAGCUGUAGCUGCCAUGGGCUGAACCGGGCUUUUCAGGAGUCAGAUGGCUCUUGUGUCUGCCAAGCAGGGUACGUUUACUAUGAUGAGAGAGGCAAGAAAAAUUCUGACACCAACAGUGACCAAGACUGCCAGCCUCAGGUGGAGGAGCGCUGUGCUCCUGGGGAAGUCCGUCUGGCAUCCACACGCAAAUGCAUUUCCCCCGAACUAUAUGACUGCUCUCCCUUCUGUGGUAUGCUGGGCGGAGAACUCAGUGCAGAGUUGGGCAUGUGUCGUUGUGAGCAGUACAUCUCUGCCGAAGAGCUGUGCGACCGAGAGUGCUUGCUGAACACCCCACAGAUCUCUCUGAGCCUUGGCAUCCAUUCAGAGCUCCUCCUGAGUGUUGAAGAAGGAGAGGACAGAGAGGUGACAAACAUUCUGGGCCCAGAUGAACAUGUGCAGAAGAGCCAGCAGGUGCAUUUGGUCGUGUUUGGCUCCACUGGGGUAUUUGGUUUCAUUAUUUCCAGCAGAGACAUGCUGGAUACAUUCCUCACAGGAGAUUUUUGGUUGGAUCUGCCAUUGCAGAGAGUUUGGCGCAGUGAGCAGACUGUCUCCUACAAGGACACCCAUCCCUUACCCUGCAUCCCCAACCCUAUUGUGUGUUUGAAUGUGGGAGAUGCCAUCCUUUUCCAGCUCACCAUCCAUCCCCGCAAUCGCACUUCCAGCCACUACCCCAUCUAUCAGAAGGAUCAUCUGUACAACAGCAAUCCUGGCUGGGAUUUUGGUCAUUUCCGAAGGCUGGACCACCUUAUUCGGGAGACUCACCUUAACAUCUCCAGGUUUGCCCAUGUUUUCCUAGAUCCUGGGAGAUACGUUUUCAGGGAUAGCACCAUCCAGGAACAUAUCUUGAUCGUGGUUGUGAACGAGGAGAACAUGGGCUGUGACCCUGUCAGCGCUUCCUUCCAGCCCUCCUCUCCAUACCAGCUGGCCAGGCAUGGGGUUCUGAAACAUCGGGCACUAAAUUUAGCCCCUGACUGGGCAACUAUCUCAGCAGUGCUUUUUGUCCUGGGCUUCUUGACGGUUGUGCUGAUGACCCUGGCUAUCAUGCUGAGGCCCCCCAUUUCCAACCCCAGUCCUAUGAACAACUGGAAGCCACGGUGGAGGAGCCUGGGUGAGCCACACAUCCCACCCGAGUACAUCCUCAUUAAAGACAGCCUUCAGUUCUAUGAAGCCCUCGGUCCCCAGGGUUCUGGAAGAGGAGCUGAUGGUGGAGAGAAAGGAGUUAUCCAUGGUCCAGGCGAGCAGCCCGCACUGAGGGACCUGGAAGAUUUCAGCGUCCGCACCCUAUAUGAUAAACUGGAGGACCAAAACCUUCACCUGGCUUCUCAGAUGGCAAAACACAGGAUGGAUGUGUUGGCCUUUUACAGGGGGAUCUGCCAGAGGAUCCAGGGGCUGAUGGACAUGGUGCAAACUCUGGACUCUGAUGCGCUGAAAGACCUCACCAAGCAAAGCAUCUCUGUGCAUAGAACCCAGGGGAGCACCCAGGCAGCCAUGGGCAUUGGGCAACAUGACGAAGUGACCAGCAGAGACUUUCAAGCAAUGGGCCACACAGGUGCUGAGUGGCGGGAGGCAACCGAGUUAAUGAAAGCUCUGAAAAUCCUGCUUGGUAAAGUCCAUUGUGGGAAGACGAUUGUGAAGCAAGAGCCAGCACAGCAUGUACAGGGACAGGAUGGGACAGCAGAAUCCAGCCUGGCCAGUCAAAGGAAAGCAGGAGCAGAGCGAGGGCAGGAUCCUGGCGGGCUCCAGCAGCAUGGACGCUCCAAUACGAAAGGCCCCUUUGUCACUUGCGAAGAACUAGGGCUAGGUCCUCAGACUGGUAGGGCCACACUGGCCUGUCUGACUGAGCUUGAGGUGGAGAGUCUAAUGGCAACUUCCCCCCUCACCAGGACCCUGCGUGAGAUCAGGCAGGCUUUGGAGAAGCAGCAGCAGUGUCCUAUUGUUUCUGCUGCAGAGGCAUAUUUGAGUGACAGUUCUCCAAGGUCCACCAGGAAUUCAUUGAUCACCACAGAUCUGGCCAGCUUGUCCCCUCGCCAGUUUGUUGUUUACCGCUUUGGCUGCACUGUGAUUCGCCUGCUAAGCCGGGCCUGCUCCCACCCAGCUGUGGUACUCAUGUUGGCUCAGACAGUCCCAGACCAAAGCCCGGAAAGGGUCCAAGAGGCUCUCCAAAGCCCUGGAGAUUCCUACUAUGAUGCUACCAACAGGUUCCUGUAUAUAUGUUCAGCACGUCUGGAGAAUGCCGGGGAAUUUAUAGCCAUCCUGUUGAAUGCCAUGGCAUGGAUCAAAGCAGGAUCGACAGCAGCUGCCAGUGCUCAUUCUUGCUUUCAGAUAGAACUCAACAGAGGCAUCACAGCUCUAGCCAAUGCCUUUUUCCAGUGUUCCUGGGGAGCAGUAGAGAAGGAUCCUGCAGAAGACAAACCAUCCACAUGCUUUGACUCCCAGACAAUAUUUGAAGAACUUCUGAGCAUCCGAAUGUCACCAGAUCCCCAAUUCCUUGAGAAAGUCCAACAUGAGAGGUUGCAACAUUACCGAUGUUUUCAGCUUCAGGCGGAGAUUCAAGAUAUGAUGCAAAGUUCAGGGAGAAAAGGAGCAAUGAAGUGGAGUGGUGAGAGCAAUAAGAGAAAUGCAGAUUCCUCUGGCAUUGAGGUUGCGAAGCUGGAGAAGAUGCUGGAUGGGCUAAAUGAGGAGUUCUUCCAGCUUACAGUGCAGGCCUUGACAAGCCAGAAGGAGGAAGAACUACUGGACCAGAAGCUCAGAAUCCAGGAGGAAUCAUUUGCGACACUGGGCAGGAUUCAUGAGAAGGAAGCACAACACUUCACAGAGCAGCUAGAAUCCUGGGCCGCGAAGAGAGACCAGGCCCAGUUGCUGGAAAUUAAGAGGAGCUGUGUUGCUCAGAGAAUUAAAGACACAGAAUCUGAGCUGUUUCAUCUUCUGCAAACCACAACGGCUACCAGCUCAUCUCCUGAAGGACUCCAGCAAUCCUUUUGUACCAGCUAAAAGCAUCCAACUGAUGAUGUUCCAUCAUUGCUGGGGCGAACAGCACUGUGCACCAAAUUUCCAUGGGACAGUCAUACAUGUACAUACACACAGUGACAUGCAUAUAUGAGGAUACACAACCUUCAAUACGCACACAUGCAUGUUUUGGGUUAUUUGGGCACAUAUCAGCAGAUAAAUACAUGCACAGAAACAAAGACACUAAUGGAUACAGUUUGAUACAAAUACAUAUGUUCAUGAACAGAUGCACAUGUACAGAGAGAGAUUUUCAUAUUCACACUGAUAGAUGCAUGCUGUAGUUCCUACAUAUAUACAUUCUUUACAGCUGUGAAGGCAUAGACUCAAAUGUAUUCCUACUCGCUGUUAAUCAUCCAUAAUUGUGCAGGGCUGAAAAUGAUAUCAAUGUUCUUAACUUGGUUCACUGAUUCUGAAUGUACCACUCUCAAUAAGUGAGACAAAAAGUGAGUAGGAAAUUAAACUCUUCACAUACAUUGUAGGAAAUCCCUGCCCAUCAGCAAAAUAAAUUAUGUGCCUCUCAUGCAGGCUACACCCUUAAGGUUAUUUGUUUUCCUGGAAAAAAGGUUGCUUUCAUCCUACCUGGUCUGAUUUUUAAUAGCUUAGGAACAUUAACUCAAGCAGCAAUGUCAGUUCCAAGAAGUGUGGAUCAGGAAAUACCAAAGACAUCUGUGAGGAUAUUGCGAUUGUUGCCCCUCAUGCUGAAUUUCAUAGGCCUGUUAUCAAAUGGCUAAUUAAUAAUAAAACUUGGCCCUUUCCAUCCAUGGAUCUCAAAGCAAUUUACAUUGGAAUGGUGAAAUUCAAACUUAGAAAGAAAAAAAUGUUUUAAAAGGUAAAAAUGCCAGCGGCGGGCGGGGGAGGAAUAAUUGCUGUGAUUUAUGGAGUGGAUUUUAAAGUAAUUUAUUUGAAAAACUUCAGAUCCAAAACACACGUGGGAGUCCAAAUCAUUCUUGUUCUUAGGUUAAAAUGACAGUUUUGUAUGGUAAAUUAUUCAUGUCAAAAACCAAGUGAAAUGAAGAAAUAGGAAAACAAAGGGACAGAAUUUUAGCUAGUCUGGUCCUUGUUACUGUCCCACUUGUUCCAUGAGGCCCUCUUGUACCAUACGCAUAACUACCAAGUCUUAUUUAUUUGAGCUUCGUUUUUGGUAUCUCAUGCUAGCAAGGAAGGAUUUUGCAAUGAACUUCAAUGGAACAUUUAAAAUCUCCCUCUCUUAAAUUGUCACUGCGCUCACUUAUCCUUUUUUCAACUGUUUGUGCUAUAAAUGAACGUGAAACUGAGUCACUCCACUCUCUAGUCAAGCUGGGAAAGUCUUGAACCGCUUCCUGACAUCCAACACCUUUUCCUGCAGAGACUCCUGCUGGGAGUGCCUUUUGAGCCAGUGCCCAGCACUAUUCCUAGGAUCAGCUUCUGCUGCCAGACACUCGGACUACAGUAGCUACAAACGCUCUCUGCAGCCAGUGUGCCUACAUUAUUCUGGACAGCGUUUUUGCUGGGAGAGGGUGAGGCUGGCGUGUAGCAGUGAGAUCUCCCAUCCAGGCAUCCAGCACCCCUACACCAGUGCCUCCAGUGAUUCCUGCUGAGAGUAGAGUGGCUGCCCACAGCCCAUAUCUUGGAAACCUAUUGUAGAUUUAUGACCUUUUUCAAAAAUAAAAAAUCUGUCACAUCCUCAGCCCUGCCUGUAAGGAAGGCAAAUGGAGUCUGGCUUGGCUGUGAAAUGUGUCUGACUUCUGCAGUGCAGGACUGGAGCCUCCUCCUGCCCCCCACCCCCACCCCCACCCCCAGGUGUCUUCAGAUCUCUUCCAGGUUACUGGUAGAAAUGUUUAUAACGGUGCUUCAUGGAG